AUGAGAUUCAGUUAAAUAAAAAGGAAUAAUAAUUCACCCCUUCCACUUAAUAAAACUUAAAAAAAUAAAUAAAAGAGAAGAAAAGGAUUCUGUGGUCUCCAUUUCUGGUCUGGUUUGUUAUUCUCCCCUCUCGCGUCCUUUUUUCUUCACGUAAUUCCUCUUCCUAAAAAGAUGAAAUAAUACUAGCUCCGAUCUCUGUUCUGGGCGGACGAUUAUCCGAAACUGAGAUAGUUUGUUUAGUGUUUCUGUUCUGCAAUUCUUCCUGCGGAGCGAAGAAGAGAAUCACAGCAACAAAACAAGCAUGAAAGGUGCUAUAACUGCUCCAGCAGGUGUCAGUCUCCGAAUUGGGAUCGGGAAUGCCAACGGCAUCAACUGUUUCGUCCCUCACCGGAGACCCAUUACUCUCCCGGCCGCCGUGAAGAAACCCACUUCCCUCACCGUCGUCGCCACGACUUCCUCCGACGGCGGCGGCAGCAAGAAGAAGAACAACAAGAAGAAGAGCAGCAGCAACAAAAUCGAUGAAUCAGGGCCGGCUACCACCGCCGACGCAAACCCCAUCCAGCCUCCUCCGGCGGCGGAGCAGCAGAAGCAGCAAUCUCAGUCCCUGAGCUUAGACGAUGUGAACCCAGUUGGCCUGGGGCGAAAAUCGCGGCAGAUAUUCGACGAGGUGUGGCGGAAAUUCUCCGGGUUGGGUCAGAUUUCCCGGACCAUCCGACCCGACGAGACGGCGGCGGCGCUGGACGCGCUGCUCAUAAGGGAAGGCCCCAUGUGCGAGUUCGCCGUCCCUGGGGCUCAGAACACCACCGUCCUCGUCGUCGGACCCACCAGCCGCAUUGGCCGCAUUCUCGUCAGAAAGCUCAUGCUCCGCGGCUACACCGUCAAGGCUCUGGUGAGGAAGUCGGACCAAGAAGUGCUGGACAUGCUGCCGAGGUCAGUGGAAAUAGUGACGGGCGAUGUGGGAGAUGCCAUUACUGCUCAAGAAGCCGUACAAGGCUGCAACAAGAUUAUCUACUGUGCCACAGCUCGUUCUACCAUUACUGCUGAUCUAUUCCGGGUUGAUCAUCAAGGGGUUUAUAACCUCACUAAAGCCUUCCAGGAUUACAACCACAGGCAAGCACAGCUGCGCGCAGGGAAAAGCAGCAAGAGCAAGCUUGUGCUGGCGAAGUUUAAGUCAGCCGAGUCAUUGGAUGGCUGGGAAGUUCGUCAAGGAACUUAUUUCCAGGAUGCUGUAGCUUCCAAAUAUGAUGCAGGAAUGGAUGCUUCAUUUGAGUACAAUGAGAAUGGUGAAGCAGUUUUCUCAGGUUAUGUAUUCACGAGAGGAGGGUAUGUUGAUUUGUCGAAACAGCUCUCGCUGCCUCUGGGAUACACACUCGACAGGUAUGAAGGGCUUGUUAUGUCUGUUGGUGGUAAUGGAAGGCCAUACGUACUUAUUCUUGAAGCUGGCCCUUCAGCGGAUAGAAGCCAGAGCAAAUUAUAUUUCGCAAGAUUUAGCACCAAAGCCGGGUUUUGUAGGGUUAGAGUGCCAUUUUCAGCGUUCCGCCCUGUGAAACCAGAGGAUCCGCCACUGGAUCCAUUCCUUGUACACACAAUGACUAUUCGAUUUGAGCCUAGAAGACAGAGGCCUGGUGAAGGAGCUGCAGGAGGCCAGCAAGACCUAAGAAGUUUCAAACUAAUAAUGGAGUACAUAAAAGCUUUGCCGACUGGGCAAGAGACAGAUUUUGUGUUAGUGUCAUGUACAGGGCAAGGAGUAGAAGCUACCAGGAGGGAGCAAGUUCUGAAAGCCAAAAGGGCCGGUGAAGAGUCGCUAAGGAAAUCAGGGCUUGGAUACACAAUCAUUCGCCCCGGUCCUUUGAAGGAGGAGCCCGGUGGGCAACGUGCGCUGGUGUUUGAUCAAGGAAACAGGAUUUCUCAGGGCAUAAGCUGUGCUGAUGUAGCUGAUAUAUGUGUGAAGGCUUUGCACGAUUCAACUGCUAGAAACAAAAGCUUUGAUGUUUGUUAUGAGUAUGUGGCUGAGCAAGGGCAGGAGCUUUACGAGCUGGUGGCACAUCUACCAGACAAAGCAAACAACUACUUGACUCCUGCACUCUCAGUCCUGGAGAAAAACACUUGAUAUACUCCGGCAAGCAAAGAAGGACGAGGGUGAGUGAUAGAGAACCGAAGCCCUGUGAGUGGAAGACAGAGUUCAUCACGUUCAUUGAGCUUUUCUGUUUGUUUGUUCUGUAUGUAAUAUGCAUCAUUGUAAGACAUGUUGCAGUUUGUUAUCUUGAUUGUACAUUUUUCAUGUAUAGACGAGAUACAUAGCAAAGAUCGGUCGGUACAACAGGUACAUAGAAGUCAGGGCACAGAGAUGUAAACAUCAGAACGAGGUGGUGAUUUUGAAAGUGUAUAAAAAGUGUGUUAUGUUCAAGAAUCAAGAUACUUACUCUGUACCACAUAGAUGUACUUUUCUUGCACAGGAAGAAACAGACAAAAGGAUCAGGUUUUAGGGAAAACAGAGAGGUGGAUCCCAAGUGGAUAAGAUUAUGAUGUGUCCUAACAAGUGAGAUAGCAGUAGGCCAUGGAGUUUUUCAGCUUCCCUUAUCUAACUUUGAUUCCAGACCACAAAAUCAAUGCCAUUGACUACGUGGCCACAACAUUGACACACAGGAUUUAAGUUAUCUACUGUGAAAUGGGGACCGGACCGGAACAGCGACUUAAGUAUGCGUCGAGAUCUCUCGUCACAGAAAGAAUAUUACUUGCAGUGAAAUGAAGAGUUAAGAUAAAAAGGGUUGCAUGUAUGAGAUCAAGUAAUGAAAGGCUGAGAAUGCUUCAGGGACAGGGGGAACGAACAUCUAUAAGAAUGAGCAAGCAACCACCGGUGCACUCUUUUGGGAAAAAUGAUACUACGAAGCCACCGCCAUUGUUAUAGCCUAGAGUUUCCAGAGAGAGCUGCAAAACCAUACCAAGUUGGAGGAGCAGUUAAAUCUAGUUACAGACUCGACGUCAAAAUAAACAGCAACUACAAGAGGAGCUACCUUGUUGGAGGAUUGAAUUGGUCUGCCACAACGACAGCAGCGAUCAAAGGCAGCAGCAGCCGGCGCCUCCUUACAAGAAGAAGCAUCACGACGAGCGUGCUCGCGGCCUGUGCAGGUGUAGUACUACUAGUCUCGCCGCCACCGGCCGGUACAGCCGAACAGGGGAAGAAGAGGGGAGGCGGGGAGGAGGAGGAGACGCUGGGGAAUUUGCCGCAGACUCUAUCGGGGGAAUGUGAAGCGGAAGAUGGGAAGGAUUGCAAGAAGCCGAUGAGGAUACAGAGACCCAAGUCCAGGAAAGCGGAGGCUUGCACCGUGAAAUGCGUCAACACCUGCAUCCGCGGCGGCUAUGGCUCCCCUGGCGAAGGACCUUUCAGUAUCAUCAGGUAAUCAAAAUUCAAAACCUUGAGCAUUCUGAUUAUUUGCUCCUGAUACAUGAUUUCUAUCAGUAUUAUGGGUUUCUUGUAUGAUUCAUGGUUGGUUUGUGGAUGCUAGACCUCUGGUGGUGUUCAAGCAAGGGUUUCGCAGCCGCCAUUACUGGUAGUUCUUCUAUCAUUCCCCUUGCUUUCCUUUCUGCUUAGCAAAUGUAGAGAUUUAGGGCUGAUUGCAUGACAAUCUUCCACAUUUGGCUUUGGCAUUUGCAGCCUGGUAGAGUGCUCUGAUAUCUGCAAUCUAAUCAGAGAUGGAGAUGGAGAUGAUGGACCCUGACCCUCUCCCUUCAAAACUUCUAUACACUUUUCAAUGUAUCAGAAUCAGAGGGAUGGAUGAGAAGAAGCAUCCUGCUUUCCUCCUAUUAUUUUGUAAUCUGCUAAAUUUUUUUUUCCACUUCCUAAUUCCAAAAGAAAGACUGCAUGUAGCCAAUUUUUUCCGGUCGGACCUGCCGAUACAGUUUAGCAAACACGCCGAUUUGUAUGAUCGGGUCGGAACCUACUGAUCACCAGGCGGCGCGGUGUUCCUCAAAGCCUGGACGAUGGCGAAGACUGGCGGCUGCCAUUAUUAGAAGUACCCGAAGCCUUCUCAUCACCCCGCCGGCCACUUUCUACUGCUGUUGCAGCGUCAUCUUCAUCAUUGGCCUCCUUCUCCGCAUCAUCCACCAACUGCGAGCAUGCAUGCACAGGAACCGACUCUCAGUUAAAGCAGCCACCAUAUUUUCAUAUCUACAACAAGUAGCUCGAAAAGAGUCGUUUGUUUUACCUUGGAAGCGAGGGAGGAGGGGAGGAUGUCAAGGAGGCAGUUCUUGAUCCGGUCGAGACCAUCUUUCAUGGUGAUGCCAUGGGCGGCGACACUGGCUUCCUUCACCAUGCUGUCCAGGAACUGGCGGAAGUUGUCGAUUGCUUGUUUAGGGACGGAACUAGCAGCUCCAAGCUUCUCCAACACCUUCUCCAUUAUCGUCCGCAUCUUUCUCUCCUCCUGCUCCUCUUUCUUCCCUUGCUUUGGGGCAUCGCGACUAUGGUUGAUCGCAGCUGCUGGAGAGUAAAGCUUCCCUUGCCCCACAUCAUCUUCUACCUCUUUUGGAUUAUAGUCCUGGGCUUGGCUGUUCUUGCCGCUGUAGCUGUAGCUGUAGCUUUCCUUGUGUCUCACCAUUUCUGUACUUGAUAAGGACGUGUAAUCAAAAGUAUAGCCCACCACCAACUUAAACUGGAUUAGUUCAUAUCUAGAUAUAGAGUGGAUACAUGUUUUGUGGACUCCAGCAACAGUCGGCCAUGUAUCUCCGCCGGUACCAUACGCUUUAACUAAGUUAAGCAGCAGAAUUGUAGACUUCAAUAUGCUCACGUAAGGAAAGCAGCAGCAGCAGCAGCAGCAGAAAGAGGACACGCUGCUGGCUUCCUUUCGUUCCACAUAUCUGCUUAUUCUCAACGGCUGUCCCGCCACGUGUAAGGGAUCCCCAGAGCAAUCAACUUAAAGGAGAAAGAAAAGAGGGCCAAGAAAUGUGGUCAAGGUCAAGGUGCUACUAUUCUAGUCCAAAAGGCUUAAUUUGCCCCGGGCUGAGGUUUCAUUCAGCUCGCCUUUAACGAAGCUGUAAGUAAUGUUUUUGACACUGCACCAUCCGGUCGAACCGAAUAUCGGAGAUCAAACUGAUAACAGUUCAUCAAACUAAUAACAGACGAGUAACACGCAAGCACAAUACAAUACACAUGUUCAUCAGCAGCAGCAGGAGCAAGUAAAUCAGUAAAGCUAAAGCAGCACAGAAAUUUUGCAGGAACAGUAUUGGCUUUCAUGUUAUAAUCAUACCAAAUAUACAUGAGAGAGAGAAGGCGCGGGUCUUUGAGUCAAACAAGAAACAUCAACCGUAACAACAAUAGCUCCCAUUCUCUACGAAAUUGAACAGGCAUUUACACAGAGCAUUCAUUUGUUCAUUCAUGGUUACCCUGGACCUUAAUGCAUUCUGAUCUGAAAAGGGCGUCAGAAAGUUGAGCCAUUGAAUCCAAAGAAGGGACGCUGAACAUCAUAAAACUUUAUGUAAAAGCGGGAGCUAUCUAUGGAGAGCUUGGUUUCAAGAAUCUCAGCAAUGGUGGCACUGAGUUUCCCAUUUACGCUUGGCCCCAAACCUCCAAUGGAAAUCAACUCUCCAUAUGCAGCAGGCUCCUCUGUGCCAGCGAAUGCAAUGGGUACGCCGCUAUUCACCAAAAUCAUCACAUACUGAUUCAGGCUUGCCAAUGAUUUUGGAAACGGCUUUGGUGGCGUCUUUCAGAAUAUCCGACGUUGUGACAGCGUCGACAGGAAUAUUCGUGUAGAGAUUCAAGGUCGGCAUUUUCUCCGCUUCCUUCCUUCCUUCGCUGCCGGUGGUUGCGCCGGAGUCGGUGGCUGGAUAAGAGCUUGCUGCCGGAAAUUGGGUGGUUUGAAUUCCCCCCUCCGCCGUUCUGCUUGCUAAAGUAGCAAGGAGAAGUCCUUUGUUCCGUUUUG